CCCUCUACAGUCUCACAACUCGCUUACCCCAGAGCCCAGCAGGUCAUGGAUGCAGUGACUGUGUACCAUGGCAAAAUCAGCCGGGAAACCGGGGAGAAGCUUCUGCUUGCUACGGGCUUGGACGGCAGCUAUUUGCUGAGGGAUAGCGAGAGUGUCCCCGGCAUGUACUGCCUGUGUGUUCUGUAUCAAGGUUACAUUUAUACAUACCGAGUGUCCCAGACAGAAACAGGUUCUUGGAGUGCUGAGACAGCACCUGGGGUACAUAAACGAUUUUUCCGGAAAAUAAAAAAUCUUAUUUCAGCAUUUCAGAAGCCAGACCAAGGGAUUGUAAUACCUCUGCAAUAUCCAGUUGAAAAGAAUGCCUUGGUGAGAAAUACACAAGGUACUGCAGGGCGAAGAGAAAACCCUGAUGUUUGCCUCAAAGCACCAUGAAGAGAAAUAAAACACUGUGUACCCUAUUUUCAAUAAUUUAAUAAAUGCUGUCAUAUAUUGUAGAUAACACA